AUGUCGUACCUUCAACAGCAGCUCAAGAGCUUCAAUGCCAGCGUUGUGGAGUCGGCGAACCGCCUGCCCCAGCAGCGACGAGUUGCGGCCAACAAUCUCUCGGCUUCCGGCAGCAGCUCGCAGGUACCUUCAUCUGCACCGACUCCUUCCUCAACUGCCGACUUCAAAAAGAAGCGACACGAUGCGGAUAUUGUCUAUUCGCAGCCGGCGAACACGGGCACGGGCAAGGAUAUCAUGACCCAGGUCCUCUUUGCGAUCGAGCAUAUGAAGACCAAGGGCGUACCUCUGAAAUUCGGUGACAUUGUAUCCUAUCUGUCGCUUCAGCAUCGAGCGCAUGAUCCGGCCUACGUCCAGGCCCUCCGCAGCAUCCUCCAGAGACACGAGAAAGUGGACUACGAUCCGGCUGGUGCCGGUGGCGAAGGGACGUUCAGCUUCCGACCUCCACACAACGUACGAAACGCCGAGCAACUACUACAAAAGCUACAGUCACAGAAGACGGCCGCCGGUAUGAGUGUCCGUGAGCUCCGUGAGGGCUGGUUGAAUGUCGAAGAAGCAAUCAACCAACUGGAGAAGGAAGGCAAACUGCUGGUGACUCGGAACAAGAAGGAUGAUCACGCCAAAAUGGUCUGGGCGAAUGACCCUUCGCUGAUCGAGCGUUUUGAUCCUGAAUUCAAGCAGAUCUGGGAGAAGAUCAAGAUCCCAGAUCCCCAGGCAGUCAAAGAGGCCCUGGAUAAAGCGGGCAUCAUUCCCACAAACAAGAACAAGGUCAUCAAGCCUCGGAUCAAGGUGGAGCAGAAGAAGACCAAAAAGCCCCGUCGCAGUGGCAAGACGACCAACACCCACAUGCAGGGUAUCCUGCGGGACUACUCUCACCUCAAGCGGUGA